CCGGAGAGGAAGGCUGGCGACCAGAGACCCUACAUGCAAGAUGCUGUGUUCUGUGCUCUUUUGUGAAUGUCUGUGGCUGAUAACUUCUUAUGCUCAUGAUGAUGACUGGAUUGACCCCACAGACAUGCUUAACUAUGAUGCUGCUUCAGGAACAAUGAGAAAAUCUCAGGUGAAGUAUGGUAUAUCAGAGAAAGAAGAGGUCAGUCCUGACUUAUCACAUGCUGAUGAAUUGUCAGAAUGUUACAGCAGACUUGAUUCUUUAACUCAUAAGAUCGAUGAGUGUGAAAAGCAGAAGAGAAAAGACUAUGAAAGUCAAAGCAAUCCUGUUUUUAGGAGAUACUUAAAUAAGAUUUUAAUUGAAACCAGAAAGCUUGGCCUUCCUGAUGAAAACAAAGUUGAUAUGCAUUAUGAUGCCGAGAUUAUCCUUAAAAGACAAACCUUGUUAGAAAUACAAAAGUUUCUCAGUGGAGAGGAUUGGAAGCCAGGAGCCUUGGAUGAUGCACUAAGUGAUAUUUUAAUUAAUUUUAAGUUUCAUAAUUUUGAAACAUGGAAGUGGCAAUUUGAAGAUUCCUUUGGAGUGGAUCCAUAUAAUGUAUUGAUGAUGCUUCUGUGUCUGCUCUGCAUCGUGAUGUUAGUAGCUACUGAGCUGUGGACGUAUGUUCGUUGGUACACCCAGUUGAGACGUGUUUUAUUCAUCAGUUUUCUCAUCAGUUUGGGAUGGAAUUGGAUGUAUUUAUAUAAGCUAGCCUUUGCCCAGCAUCAGGCUGAAGUUGCCAAGAUGGAGCCAUUAAACAAUGUGUGUGCUGAGAACAUGGACUGGACGGGAAGUCUCUUGGAAUGGCUUAGAAGUUCAUGGACCUAUAAGGAUGACUCGUGCCAAAGAUACUAUGAGCUCUUAUUAGUCAACCCUGUUUUGUUGGUCCCACCAACAAAGGCACUAGCAGUUACAUUCACCAACUUUGUCACGGAGCCAUUGAAGCAUAUUGGAAAAGGAGUUGGUGAAUUUAUUAAAGCACUCAUGAAGGAGAUCCCAGUGUUACUACACAUUCCAGUGCUGAUAAUUAUGGCAUUAGCUGUCCUGAGUUUCUGCUAUGGUGCUGGAAAAUCAGUUACUAUGCUGAGACAUGUGGGUGGUCCUGAAAGAGAACCACCCCAGGCACUUCAGCCAGGUGAAAGAAGAUGGCAGCAGGAAAUUGAUUAUAGACCCCAUGGUGGAGCAGGUGAUGCAGAUUUCUAUUAUAGCGGCCAAAUUGGCCCCAUUGAGCAAGGCCCUAAUGACAAAACAUGUGAGGGUAGAAGAGAUGUUUUGAGAGAGAAAGAUGUUGACUUGAGAUUUCAGACUGGCAACAAGAGCCUUGAAGUGCUUCCGGCAUUUGAUUUACCAGACGCAGAGGCGAGAGAGCAUCCCAAGGUGGUACCCAGCCAUAAAUCACCUAUUUUGGAUACAAAGCCCAAAGAAAUUGGUGGAAUCUCAGGAGAAAGCACACUGACUGAAAGCAGCCAGUCUGCUAAGCCUGUCUCUGGCCAAAAGAUACCAGAGAGUGUGGAAGGUUCCCCUGCAGUGGAAAAGGCCCAGCUCAGGACUGACGCCACAGGCGGCCCGGAGGAAGGCAGCACGUCCAGCCCAGCAAGCACUGCAGUGAGGGUGUGUGGAAGGGAUCCAGACUGCAGCCCAUGUGGCUAGAGGAACACAGACAUGGACCACAGCUCUGAGGUCAUCUUUGAGUUUUGUAAAGUAUACUCUUCACAGCUAUUUCUUCUUCUCUACAAAUAUUCUGUUAUUUACUACACAGGUGCCAACUUAAACAUCAGUAUUUUUACUGACAAUCAGGAUUAACAAGCACGCAUGUAUCUCUUUAAUUUCAUCUUUUCUUUGAUAUUAAGAUACAUCCUAUAAAGUUUUGAAGUGUUAAUUCUGGAACAGGAUCUCAUAGAUGACAAAUGGCAAGCAUUAAUGAUUUUGAAUAAUCAAAGAGGCCAGUUUGAAUUAGGGGACAUUGAAAAAGAAGUUCUGUUGUUUACAGGCAUAUAUAGGAACCAACUCACCAAAGUGUGUGUUGCCUCGUGGAAGUCCUGUGAUACCUACUUUAGUUAACAGAAUUAUUUGUUGUGCACUGGACUCAGAAUAUUUCAAGUGGUAGGUACUCAAAAACAACAUUUAAGGAAAGUCACUGUAGUCAUGCUUACCCUCUUCAUUCAUUUCAGCAUUUUAGUGCAGCCACGGAGUCUGCGUCACCAGUAUCAGUCUGCCUCGUGUAGGCUGCCUGCAGAUCAGCCUUCAUCUCUCAACUCUUACCGCUAUUACUGGGCCUGCUUCCUUAUCACCCCUUUUACUUUAUCCUUAGCUAAGACAGAACUGAAGAUUGUCGGGGGAAUUUAGAUUACAUAGCUUGUUAAAUCAGUAAUCUCAGUUUUACAUACUUUGAGAAUGGCUUUAUUUCCCCAGCAAAUGAAGUACACAGGCUUUAUAAGACCUGUUUUCCUUGCUACUCAGAAUCCCAGCAGUUGCGAUUGUCUUAUUUAUAUUACAGUAAACCAUAUUGUCCAAGCCAUAUGAAGUUCUAAUUUUUAGAGAUCUAUACAAAGAGAGGAAUAAAUACCACAGUAAGGAAAACAGAGUAGGGUGUUUUUUUUAACCCUAGACAGGUGAUAUAAUCAACAUUUCAAAUUAGUUAUUCUGAUUUUUAAACUAUUCUUCAUUUUAAACUUUCUAAAAAAGGAAUUUAUAAAUUUUGCACAAGAUCUAACUAGGAAGCACAUAUAUUACACAUAUUUGGUUAUCCUUUAUUUUAACCUUCACAGUACAAUUUAUAUUCUGCUGCUUACUAAAAAUGAUACCAGUCAGGAAUAGUCUUAAAAUUUUCAUGCAGGCAUUUCUUUCAGAAAAAAAGAUGUAUUUAAAGCAUUUGCUUUUUGAUAUGUUUUUUAUGUGAAAUGCAGAAAUACCCCUUUUUGGCUCCCAGAAGCAUCACUUAGAUGCCUGUAACAAUUUAAUUUUAUGUGUUAAUAUUAUUUCUAGCUUAGUACUGCAAACAUUAGUAUUUCAUCAGAAAGGUAAUUUUUUCCAAGAAAUGCAAAAGGAUUUUAUAUAAAACUUUAUAACAUAGUAGGCAUGUAGGGAUGCUGGCAGUUUGGGAUAGAUUUGUGAACAUUGAUGAAUAUAAAGUAGUCCUCUGGGGGCUAGGCCUGUUCACACUGAUUGUAUGCUCCGAAGGUGCUAAUUAUCCUCUGAGCUGUGAAAUGAAUGCCUCAGUUGAUAGACUGUAACUGUGAGAGUACAGUUAAUGUUGUUUUGCACUUCUGACUGAUUUUUAUCAAUCCAAAAAUGAAUCUUUAAAAGAAAAUUUAAGAAAAAGUUCAUCUUUGUAUUCUUUCAUUACAGAUAACCAUUUGGGGAUGAAAUCUACUUUGACAGCAAGGCAGCAAGGUACUGCUGUUGAAAGGUGACAGCAAUUCAGGGAAGACUUAUUAAAGCAAAUUGAACAUAUCAAGGCCAGUUUAUAAUUAGAAAAAACAGGCUUGUUUAUUGUCUAGCCAAUAUUUAUCAUUAAAAUCAAGGAUUAUAGUAACAAGCUUUUAGGAAAAUCAGAGUGGGGCAGAUAGCUUUUCAAAAGCAGUUUUUAAGUGGAAUGGAUAACGCUGAAUGUAUACAGGGUCUGAGAACUACCAUAUACACAAA